ACGGAGGGUACCGUAUCAGUAGUUUUGGCUUUUACGGGCUAUGCCUAAGGCAAAAAAAUUCUUUGACCUUGAUUGCCAAACCGGAUUAAAAAUCAUUGGGUUCGCAUUGGUCAAGUGAAAAACUGACGCCUUCGCAGACGUCCGACCGCUAGCUCGAUCCGUCUAUAAAUAGCACGUGUGCGACGCAACAAUGACAAGUCAUUGACAACAUAUCGCAUAUUUUCACUUAUUAUCAUUCACGAUUCAUUAUUUCAACUUCUUGCAAGUCUUAAGUCUAUAAAGCUUACGAAUCAUCAUGCCACGAGCAAUAAGGCGCAAACGAGAGAAAGAAAAAGAGCUUUUUGAAACAGCUAAAAAAAUGAAAAAACUAACAAGUUUCUUUAAAAGCGUUCCAACGGGGAAAGUUAAUGAACCUGAAAUCGACUGCGUGACACUUUCGGAAGCUACAGAAAUUCCAUCAACCGGUUUACCUGAUCACCCCAAUUUCAACUCAGCUUCUGAUGAUCGUGUCCCUACUGGCCCUACAUCCAUGUCAGAGUUAGUAUUAUCAUUGCCUUCUGCCUCUACAACGAAUUCUCACAACCCAACAGCGUUGCCCAAUUCGACGAAUACAUUUCAAUUUAUGGGACCUACUGCUAUGCCAAUUAUGCAAGCAGAAUGUUCACUAUUGUUGAACUGUCAGUGUUCGUGUUGUAUGGACGAAAAGCCUCACCAUCCCAACCCUGAAGACUUAAAGCGUACAUCCACGAAGCAAACCAUCAAAGGAUCGUCAAAUGUACGAACUUGUCCGCCGUCAAUAUUUUUGAAAUACGCCUGGGUGACCUACUGCAUGAGGAAAGGAACUAUCGCCUGCUAUUUCUGCAGAAGGGCGACCCGUCAAAACCUUAUCACAUCCAGUCACAACGGCGAGAAUGCUUUUUGCUCAGGUCAAUUUAACGACUGGAAGAAAUGCUAUGAAAAACUUAAAAAACAUUCCCAGUCUAAAUUUCACGCGGAGGCCACUGAUAAAGUUUUAUGCUUUGAUGAUGCAAGAAACGAUAUUGGAGCAAAAUUGGUUAGUGAAUUGAAGGCAAGCCAGGAAACUCGGAGACGAAUGUUGUUGAAACAGAUUAGCAGCAUCAGGCAUUUGGCUCGCCAAGGCCAGAGUUUACAAGGGAAAACUGACAUUGAAAGUAAUUUGUACCAGUUGUUAAAAUUAAGAGCGGAAGAUGUACCUGAAUUAUUCGAUUGGAUUGAAAAUGGAAGAUAUCUUAGUCAUGACAUUGUAAACGAGUUGAUCACCAUGAUGGGCAACACAGUUCUGCGGGCUAUAGUUGCGGACAUACGCAAGGAGUCACAGUUAUUUAGCAUGAUUGCGGACGAGUCUAGAGACGUCAGUAAUAAGGAACAAUUGACUUGUGUUUUGCGCUGGGUAUCUACAACCGAUUUAUCAGUUCAAGAAGAAUUUCUUGGAAUGUAUCAAGUGGAGAAAACCGAUGCGGAAACAAUAGCCACUUCUUUAAAAGAUAUUUUGCUGCGAUGUAAUUUGACGAUUGCGAACUGUCGGUGGCAAACAUAUGAUGGCGCAGCAAAUAUGUCCGGCGGCAUAAGCGGAGUUGCAACCAGAAUAUCUUUGGAGAAUCCCCGCACCCUGUACAUUCACUGUGGAAACCACGCUCUUGAUCUAGCUUUACAUGAUUGUGUGAAGGCAAGCCAAAUCGUCAGUGAUUCGUUGACGUUUGUGCAAGAGUUGGCCGUAUUUGUUCGAGCUUCACCAACACGAAUGGCUCAAUACCAGGAAAUCGCUACAGAAAUUAACGACGACGGCUCGAAAGUUGAGAACCCGCAUUUGUUAUGUCCGACUCGGUGGACGGUAAGAACCAAAGCCAUCUUCGCUGUCUUGCGUAAUUAUGAGUCCUUGCAUUCCACAUUACUGAAAAUUGCAAAAGAAUCCUCCAAGGCUACCGUGCGUGAUACCGCUUCAGGGCUGGCCACCAAGUUACAGAAGUUUGCCACAUACUUUGGAUUACGUUUUUCGCAGAAUAUCUUCAGCGUCUGUGAACAAGUUGCAUCUACGUUGCAGAAGCCUUCCAUAACCGCGCAAACAACAAUUACUUGUAUCAAAUCCUUGAAGACCAACUUACAACGCCAACGAGAUGACUUCAACCUGUUUUAUGACCAAGUAGUUACUUCAGUCAAAACCAUCGCCUUCGUAAACGGUCCCAAACUUCCGAGAUCAAAGCAAGUUCCUCGGCGACUAGAGCAUGGAAAUGGCAAUCAGCAUAAUUUCCAAUUCGCGGAAGAAUUCUACCGCGCCCAAUGUGUUGAAGCUAUUGAUAUCUGCAUGGCAGCAUUGCAGGACCGUUUCGCUCAAGACGUUUACUCAGUGUUAAUGAACAUUGAAACUGUGCUCAUUAACGCGGCAAAUGGGAAAACAUUCGUAUUAGAUGACGAAGUCAAACGCCUUUAUGAAGAAGACCUUGAUUUUAACCAGCUAGAGGCAGAGUUAAAGCUUCUCGAAGGAAUUAUCUCGCAGAGACUUCCUGAAGUUAAGAAGAUUUACCUUCUUGCUCCAAUGAGUGCAGCCUCCGGAGAAAGAUCUUUUUCAACCCAGCGCAUCGUGAAAACGUAUCUAAGGAGCACGAUGACGGAAGCACGCUACUGCAACCUUAUGACUUUGAAAGUAAACAAAACAAGAACCGAUAAACUAGAUUUAAAGUUAAUUGCUAAAGACUUCGUUCUCAAAAACGAAAAAAGAGUUAGAUAUUUUGGAAAAUUUCAAUAA